UGUGUUGACGUAAGCGCAGUGGACUCCCUCGGCCGCGACGACCAACAUGGGGACGGCCGCCCGCCAGACUUUGCUCUUAAUUCUUGUGUGUGUGGGGUCCGGGGGUUUUAAUAAUGCCGCUGCGAACAGCCCAGAUGCAGCCUCAGCAGGGGUCACCGUGGUGGACGGGAUCGACAUGUCCAAGUACCACCAUCACGACGACUUGCUGCGGCUGGCGGAGACCCUGAAGGUGCAGUACCCGCACCUGGUGGAUCACUACUCCGUGGGCAAGUCCGUCCAGGGGAGGGAGCUCCUGGUCCUCAAGAUCAGCGAGAAUGUGGCCGAGCGGGACCUCACAGAACCCAUGUUCAAAUUCGUUGCCAAUAUCCACGGGGACGAGACCGUGGGGCGCGCCCUUAUGGUGUUCCUGGCACAGUACCUGGUGGGCCAGUACGGCUCCGACCCCAGGGUCACCAGACUGCUCAACCAGACCGAGAUUCACCUCAUGCCGUCCAUGAAUCCCGACGGCUUUGAGCUGGCCAAGGAAGGGAGUUGUAAUGCCUUCAGAAACUCAGGCCGAGAGAAUGCCAACAAUCAAGAUCUGAACAGGAACUUCCCUGUUCAGUGGGAGAAUCCCUCGGAAGCAGAGAUGGAGAAGGGAAGAGAACCCGAGACAUUGGCUGUCAUGAGCUGGAUUGUUCGGAAUCAAUUUGUUUUAUCUGGUAACCUGCAUGGUGGCUCUGUGGUUGCCAGUUACCCAUUUGAUGACAGCAGCCGUCACACUGAUUGCUGUGUUGAAAGCAAGACUCCCGAUGAUCAAAUUUUCCGCCUCCUGGCCUCUACGUAUGCCUCAAACCAUGGUACAAUGCACCAGGGAAAUCUCUGUGUGGGAGAUAACUUCCGAGGGGGAAUUACCAAUGGGGCUUUUUGGUAUGAUGUUAAAGGGGGAAUGCAAGACUUCAACUAUGUGUAUGGAUCAUGCUUUGAAGUAACCUUUGAGCUCUCCUGUUGUAAGUAUCCCAUGGCAUCUGAGCUCCCAGAUGAGUGGAUCAAGAACAGGGAAUCACUUCUGGCAUUCAUGGAAAAGAUUCAUAUGGGUGCAAAAGGUGUUGUGACGGACUCCGUAACUGGGGAAGGAAUAGAAGGAGCGAAAGUGAGUGUGGAGGGAAUUAACUACAAUGUGACAACUUCAUCAAGAGGCGAAUACUGGAGGCUGCUCUUACCUGGAACCUACACUCUGGUGGCAAAGGCAUAUGGGUAUGAGACAGCCCAGGAGAGUGUGGUUGUGGUGAAUGGAACCGUUUCUCGUUUGGACUUCAAGCUCAAGCAAAUUGCACAAGGAGACAGGUUGGAAAAAUUAAAGAGUGUUAAGAUUGAUCUGCCCAUUAAGGAACGUGCAAAACGAGACCUGUCGAAAACUCCAUUGUUAACAACAACUAAUUCUGAGAUUGAUACAAAAAAAGACACUGAGGUUACUACACCUGUGGGAUAUUCUAACACUUACACUAAUGAAAAUAACAGUUAUACCUCUGGAAUCUCUGGCACCACAAUGCUUCCUACUUCUAGUCUGGUAAUGGCAGAUCUUACUGAAAAUGGAAGUGGUUCACUUGCAACUCUUGUUGAAUUAAGUAACAGUAGUGUCACUGUUCCUAUGGAAGCUUACACUACAAUAAGUAGUAGCAUGCCAGCAUCAAUAUCAUCAACCAGUAGUGAAACUCAGCUUUCGUUGACUACUGAAAGUUUAGACUCGUCAUCCCCUGUGUCAGCUGUAACUCCACCACCUCCUGCAGUCAGCACAACUACUACAACAACUACAACAACUGUAGCUACAUUUAAACCCAAGAAGCCAGAGGAAGAAGGCUUUACUUCAGAGCCAGAGUUUAAAUAUCACCAUUACCCAGAUUUGCAAGAUUUCUUGAUGAAGUUCGCUAAAAGAUACCCAAGUCUUACACGAUUAUACUCCAUUGGUACUAGUGUAGAAGGCAGAGAACUCUACGUCUUAGAGAUCUCUGACAACCCUGGCAUUCACGAGCCUGGUGAGCCAGAAUUUAAAUAUGUUGGCAACAUGCAUGGAAAUGAAGUCGUAGGACGCGAGACACUCCUUUUGUUGAUACAGUACCUGCUCGAAGGAUAUGGUGUUAAUGACCGUGUUACAAGUCUUGUUAAUGAUACAAGAAUACACAUUAUGCCUACUAUGAAUCCAGAUGGUUUUGAGGCUGGAAAUGAAGGUGACUUUGCUGGAGUUCUAGGAAGAACCAAUGCUAAUAACAGAGAUCUAAAUAGGAAUUUCCCAGAUCAGUACUUCACCAACCAGCAAAACACAGUUCAGGAGCCAGAAACUUUAGCUGUGAUGAAGUGGCUGAAGGAGUAUCCCUUCGUCCUCUCAGCAAAUCUCCAUGGAGGGUCUCUGGUUGCCAACUACCCAUGGGAUGACAAUCCCCAAGGGAGAAGUGGCCUCUACAGUGAAUGCCCAGAUGAUGAGAUCUUCAAGAAGUUAGCCAAAGCCUACUCAUUUGCUCACCCAAAAAUGCCACAUGGGAAACCAUGUAACAGUCUAAGUGUGGUAUUCCCUGAUGGUAUCACAAAUGGUGCCAGGUGGUAUAGUGUAUCAGGUGGUAUGCAAGACUACAACUACUUGCAUUCAAACUGCUUUGAAAUAACGGUUGAAAUUUCAUGUAAUAAGUAUCCAUAUGCAAAGGACUUGCCAAGAUACUGGAUGGAAAACAAGAAUUCUCUUAUUACAUACAUGGAACAGGUCCACACUGGGUUGAAAGGAUUUAUUUUGGAUGAAAAUAAUAAUCCUAUCAGUAAUGCUACAAUCUCAGUAGCAGAUAUUGAUCAUGACAUUGUAUCAGCUGCUGAUGGGGAUUACUGGAGGCUUCUUGUUCCAGGAGAGCACCUUAUUACAGUGCAUGCCCCUGGGUAUCAGCCAAGUAGCAAGAAGGUCGAAGUUCCUCACCUGUGGUCGAAGCAGGUCAACUUCACCCUAAAGGCUGAUGACUCGCAGGACUGGUCUGUGAGGGAAGAUUUCAGCAUCACAGAAAACCUUGGGGAGACCUAUUUGAGCAACUCCGAGCUCAGUGCAGCCAUGGCCAAGAUUGAAAACGAAUACAGGGAAGUGGCUGAAUUUUUGGCCAAUGAGAAUGAGUGGAGUAUGAAAAUCCAUGCUCUCCAUAUGGCUGCUGAGCAAGAGGCAUCAUUUGACAACAGAGUUCGAGUAAUGGUACUUGGGGGGUUGUACGGUGCUCAGCCUGUUGGUCGUGAGCUUGUCAUGCGUCUUGCUCGACACCUGGGAGCAGGAUGGGCCAAAAAGGACACAAAGAUACAAACUUUGUUAGAGAAUACAAGGAUUUUCCUUGUGCCGGCAAUUGAUAUUGAUGGUUUUGAUGCAGCUAUUCCAGGAAUGUGUGGAUACAGCAAAUUAAGUGAGAUGCAGAAUGAGGUUGGAGGCUCAUUCUCACCAGAGAUAAGCAAUACUUACGCUCAGGCUACGAUUUCAAUGUUGGAGCAGAUCAAGCCACAUGUUGUGCUCUCCCUCGAGUCUGGAGGAAUCUUUAUGAGGUUCCCACGAGAUGACCCCUCGGCAAACACUCCCAUGACUCCAGAUGAGGCCAAUUUCCAGUUUUUGACAGAGACAUAUGCGCAUGGGCAUCCUACAAUGCUGCAGGCUGAGAACCCAUGCUCGCAAUUUACCAAAAGUGCACCAACAGGCAUACUCCAUGGCCAGGCACUGGGUGUUUACAAAAAUUCCCUGCUGGACUACACCUACAAUAAUAUGAAUGAUACACUUAUGGUUGCAGCACAUGUGAGCUGCUGCAAUUACCCUGAAGGCUGGCAGCUAAAAACACUAUGGCAGGAAAAUAAGAAUUCUCUAGUGGAUUUCCUUCACACCACUCACCAAGGCAUAUCUGGACAGGUGGUGGACGACAAGGGGGAACCCGUGACUACAGCCAAGGUGCUCGUUGAUGGCAAGGUGGUUGAACUGCAAGAAAUGGCUUCCUUUAGGAAACUGCUGCCUGUAGGCUCACACUCUCUCCAGGUAACUGCAAAUAACUUGGAGAACAAGACAAUGGAGUUAGUCGUCCCUGCUAACAAGGAGGUCCCAGCUAGUGUCACUCUGGAUUCACUCAAAGAGAUGACAAUAGGCUACCAUUCAUACUACGGGACGGAGGAUCACCUGCGGAAGCUCAACUCCAACUACUCAGAAAUAUCGAACCUUUACUUAAUUGGAAGAAGCUCAAAGAGUCGGCAGAUUUUAGCAAUGGAAAUUGAUGCUGCACGAGAUGCUAAACAACCAGCAGUACCUUCAGUAGCUAUAAUUGGAGGUCUUGGGGCAAGUGACAGAGGUGGCAAGGAGCUGGUCCUGGAAUUUGCAAGGUACUUACUUUCUCACUAUAAUCACGAUGCAACAGUGAGUAAGAUACUGCAGAUGACACGUGUUCAUCUGGUACCAACUCUGAACCCAGAUGGCACUGCUGAAGUAUCAAAAGGCAAGGAGAAGGGAGAGAAUUGUCUGCAAGUGGAUACAAAGAAUGGCAAUGGUGUUGAUAUGGACACAAGCUUCACUGCUAAAGAUUCAGAGACCACAAAUGUACAGCCUGAAGUUACAGCCAUUCAGAAGUGGAUGACAGAAAAGAAAUUUACCCUGGCCCUUGUGCUGAGAGGAGGAGGACAGGGAGUGGCAAUACCGCUGUCUAGUCUCUCCAGCUCCAGUAUGACACAUCAUGAUUCUGAGGUCUUCUAUCGUCUUGGCUCAGUGUACUCAAAGGCAGCAGGACUACCUCAGGAUAAGUCGGAGUGCAGAGAUGUCAAGCUCACCAAUGGCACAGCCCCCGAUUCAGAAUAUUAUCCCCAUUCUGAAAGCCUGUUGGACUGUUUUUAUGGCCACAGUGAGACUCUGGCCCUCAAUGUUUACUAUAGUUGUUGUGGUACUCCUGAUGAAAAGACUCUGGGUCAGUUGUGGAGGAAACAUAAACCAGCACUACUUAAGUACCUUACUCUUGCAAACAUGGGUGCAAUGGGAUACGUUACUGAUCUGUUUGGGUCUCCAAUACCUGACGCACAGAUCAAGUUUGAUGAAUCAGAGCAUGUUGUUACCUCCUCUGUAGACCAUGGAGCUUGGUGGAGGCCCUUGACCCCUGGAACACACACACUUACAGUCAAUGCUGAAGGAUAUUACAGUCAGAAAAAGCUUUUGCAAGUGGUCGGAGGUGAUACAGUUGUCUUCAGAUUGGAAAAAGAUGAUAGUGUAUUUGGGAUGCCUAGAAUGGUGUUUGUGAUCAUUGCUGGUUCUCUUACUCUGCUGCUAAUGGUCUGUUGCCUCUGUGUUGCCACUCUCCGCUCAAAACACCAAAGGAGAAAACAGUAUGGCUUCUACCAGCUAGGCAAUGCUGCUGACAUUUUCAAUGAUAGCUCUAGCGGCUCAGAUGACGAAACCCAGCUAAGGUUCUUGAAUGGAGCAGCCAAGAACAAAGUAAAAAAGAAGAGAACAAGCAGAAUACCCACCUACAAAGACCUCGUUUCAAGCUCAUCGGAUGAAGAUGAGCUAUUCCUUAAGAAUACCUAUGUGAAGAAGAAGGGGCAGAGGUGAUUGUUGUGUUUAGCCUCUAUGUAAAUAGUUCUCUGAAAGAACAAAGGUACAUUAGGUAUAGGUAAUGCUACAGUAUGGCACAAUAUACCCUUAAUGGAUACACUGUUACACAAAUACAUGCAUACACACUCACACACACACACACACACACACACACACACACACACACACACACACACACACACACACACACACACACACACACACACACACACACACACACACACACACACACUCAGAUUAGAAAUUACAGUUAGUACAUUUACAAAGCUUACUGGUGUGUUAGUAUGGAGCUUGGAAUUGCAAGGUAUUUGAUAAUGUUCAUGUGGUUGAAGUGGCUUUUCCAAGAUGUAGAAAAAACAAAAUUCUCAGUAGCCUAUAUGUACAUACCCAUAAGUACUUGUACACACUUACACAUCAUACUUAUGCAUACAUACAUGCGCUUAUGUGUUUAGGGAGUUCAUUUGCAUAUCUAUGCUGUUGUUUUUUCAUUGCUUCCAGAUUUAUAUAAGGAUUUCUAUGCAUAGUGUUUAUAUGAAUAAGUGUAUACAGGUAUUAUGACCAAAUAAAAAGGUAGUACAAGAAGGAAAGGAAAAUGUUCACACACAGUAACACACACAUUCAUAUAUAUGUAUAUCUGUGAUUAAUUUUUUUUUAUGUCUUAUCAUUUUUAUAUUGAAAAAGAUUUUAUAGUAGCUAAUAUGCUUUAAGUAGAAAUCAAUAUAUUAAAACAGUAUCAUAUUUAUUAAAGAUGUAUGGUAAUUAUUAUUAGCCACAGGGUGAGAAUCAGACAGACCCAGAAUAGAAAAAUGCAGUAUUUGAUUUAACCCAACAGAAGCCUUGUUAGCAGUGACAUCAGUAUUACCUUCACAAUACUUACAUCUAAAAGUAUUUUUUUACUGAGUCACAAUAUCUGCUUGAAUGAAAUUAGGCAACCCAGUGCUGCUAAGCUCUAGAUAUUUCUCUUGUAAGAUAGUUCUUGCAAUUUUUCUUGUAGUAAAGAUUACUGGUAGAAUUUUGUAUUUUUAUAUAGUAAUUUCAGAGUAUUUUAAAGAUCACUGUAAUUGUGAUAGUAGGGGCUGAAAGCAAUAAUAAAAGCUAGUAACAUGUAAUAUUUACCGGUCUUACUCAUGAACUAUCUUGAAUUGAUUGGGGAAAGUAAUGAAAAAAUUAGGGUAUUAUAAAUCCGUUCAAAAUUCUUGACCGUUACACAGUGCCUUGAUGUCAUAAAAUGUUAAGUACCACAAGUAUUUUAAUCUCAUAACAUGUAGGUACUGUAGUUUUAUGACAGUGAUGACUCCACAGUUUUAUGUAGAAUUCAGAGCUAGUUAUUUGAAUUUAUGUUCCUCCCCAUUUCUAUAUAUAAUAUAAUUUUUUUAAUGAAGUGUAAAUAUUGGCAAUGGGGGAAGCUAAUAUAAAUUAUUUGGUAUUUUUUUGUUAUUAGUAAGAGUUCCGGUAUAUAACCAAAAUGGAGAUAAUAGAUGAAAUCAAAUUAUGGAUUGUUGGGUACACAUUAUUUUCAUUAUAAAUUUUAGGGAGAAGGGUAAUUGCAGCUGAUAUUGAGAUGCUUUUAUGUAUUGUUGUUAAACCUAGGCUUUAUCAUAGUUUGUUGUCUUGCAUUUGUUGUAUCAAGGCAAUUUUUUAUAUGAUUUACUUGUCAUUAAGAUGUUGACUAAAGUGCCUUACUAAUCUGUGUUAUCAAUUUGAUUAUAAAUAAUGAAAAAAUAAUUUGGUAUGAAUCAGUGGUUUAUAUUCUUUACUUAGUUCAAUACCAGGUGGUAAUUACCACUUAUGUUCAAAUAGAAAAUAAUGUUAUAGAUCAAACUUAUUCACGAACACAUUCUUUUUAAGUGAACUGCAUUCAUUGCAACAAAUGUAGAAAAGAUAUCAAUGAGAAUAAAGAUCUUCACAGUUUAAUAGAUUUAUUUGACCAUUUUUCAUUAUAUCUUCGUCAGAAAUACAUGAUCUUUAUUCACGACGAAUAUAUAAUUGAAACCAGUCAGAUCCAUCUCUUGCACUGUGAAGAUAUUUUGUUCUCAUUCAUACCCUUUUGUACUAUUCUUUUUGAAUGAAAUGAGAAAGUGCUCCUUGUCAUGUGAAGGAAGAGUGUCUUAACUAUUUUUUUUUUUCUUUUUAUGGAAUUGAGCAAAGAACAAAAGUAAAUGGAGUGGGUUGUGAUUUUUGUAUCAUAGAGUUUAUGUAAUAGUUUUAUGCAUUUUAUAAAUUUGUUUCUGUAUUUUUUGUAAAUUAUAUUUUACUUGCGAUAAUAAAUCUUAUGUGUAACAUUUGA